GACAGAGCGGUUUGGCUGGGAGAGGGUUACAAAGUAACUCAGUUAUUAGAGUUCUGAUUCCGCCCACUCCCUGCCCCCUCCCUCUCUCCCAGCAUUAAACCCAGUGCCCACUGCUCGAGCUCCCAGUGCCAGCCCUGCCCAGAGAGUGCCCACUGCACGAGCUCCCAGUGCCAGCCCUGCCCAGAGUGCCCACUGCACGAGCUCCCAUUGCCAGCCCUGCUCAGAGAGUGUCCACUGCACGAGCUCCCAGUGCCAGCCCUGCCCAGAGAGUGCCCACUGCACGAGCUCCCAGUGCCAGCCCUGCCAGAGAGUGCCCUCACUACAGCUUUUUCAAUAAAUAUGGCGACUGCCGUUCCAUGUGAGACUCUGCGCACAGGCCAGAAGAUGCCGCUUAUUGGUCUCGGGACCUGGAAGAGCGCUCCUGGUCAGGUGAGGGAAGCUGUGAAAUACGCCCUUGGAGUAGGAUAUCGGCACAUUGAUUGCGCCUCGGUGUACGGCAAUGAAAAAGAGGUUGGAGAAGCCAUUAAAGAAAGCAUUGAAGCUGGAAAGGGUCUAAAGCGAGCAGAAAUAUUUGUUACGUCCAAACUAUGGAAUAACAAACAUCAUCCAGAGGACGUGGAAUCUGGUAUAAGGAAAACGCUAGAAGAUUUACAGCUCGAUUACAUCGAUUUAUAUCUCAUGCACUGGCCGUACGCCUUCAAGAGAGGAGGUGAUAUCUUCCCACUAAAUCCCGAUGGCUCGGUGCAAUAUGAUGACACGGAUUACAGAGAUACCUGGAAGGCUAUGGAGAAGCUGGUGGAAAAGGGUCUGACCAAAGCUAUCGGGCUGUCGAACUUUAAUAAGAGACAAAUCGAUGAUAUUCUCAGCAUUGCCGCUGUGAAGCCGGCCGUCUUACAGGCAGAGUGCCACCCGUACCUUGCUCAGAAUGAGCUGAUUGCCCACUGUCGUGCCCAGGGCCUGGCAUUCACCGGUUACAGCCCACUUGGAUCCCCAGACAGGAGCUGGAGAAAACCUGAAGAUCUGGUUCUGCUGGAGGAACCAUGCAUUCUAGCGAUGGCAAAGAAAUAUGGCAAAUCCGAGGCGCAGAUCCUUCUCCGGUGGCAAGUUCAGAGACAUGUCAUCACCAUUCCAAAAAGUGUCACGCCUUCCCGGAUUUCACAGAACCUCCAGGUGUUUGAUUUCUGUCUCACAGAGGAAGAGAUGAAGGAAAUUGGAGGUCUUAAUAAAGGCUGGAGAUAUAUUAUCCCAUUGAUAACAGUGAACGGGAAGUCUGUAGCUCGGGACGCUGGACACCCUUUUUAUCCAUUUAAUGAUCCUUACUAAAUGGAUGCAGUCUGAUUUUACAUGUUGUAUGCAGUGCUCAGUACUUUAGGUUUUGUAGUUAAAU